AUGGUUCCAACUGUGCUGUUAAUUGUCCCAUUGAAUUUAACUUGGAUUGUAAUAUUGAAUAAUUAUUAUGACCAAGCAUCUACUAACUUUGUUCUUUUAUUCGAGACAUUACAUGGAUUCUGUGCAACGGUGGUCAUGAUCCUUAUCCAUUAUCCCUAUCGACAAGCUUUUCUGAAUAUGUUCUUCAAAUGCCUUAUGAAAUCUGAAGAAGAACGUCCGAGAAGUGUCAUCUCAGUAGGGCCAACUUUGAUUAUUGCUGAUAAAGUUUGA